AUGGGCUCUGAAUCUCCAGCAUCCUCUAAAGAUCUACCAUACGAGUCGUCCGUUCCAUCGGACCAGCAGGAUAUGCUUGAAUAUUCGUCCUUAGCUACUGGAUCUCCUACUUCUCUUCCUGGGUGUGCGUCUCUUGCAGGUGAAGUUAACCCUGUUCUCGAAGACCCUUGGAUGGCCAUGAAGCGGAAAGCGAUCCUCAGUGUCCUCAACCGACCUGCUUCUUACGCGCGCGGCUUACCAGAUUACAUGCCGGGAUCAUUGUCCCGCUCGGUUCAGGAUAUGAAGAUGAAAGGAAAACAGACUGUUCGCGAUUGUUCUCCUCUCCCACCUAGUCAGAUCGAGCAUCCUGUCAGCCCGAAGACCAAAACUCCAGGUGACCGAAUCGUUCAUCUGGUUUCAAGAGUCAGUGGUACCUAUCAGAGUCCGUACCCUCUGAGCUCCGAAAAAGGAUCCUCGGUUCCUCCUAGCUCCAAGUCCGACGAAUCGACUAUAGGUCCAAUGUCGCCUCGCCACGACGCUCCUCCUGCCUUCAAGCGCUCUCGAAUCGAAUCCGAUCGUCCUUUUUCACCUUUAAACACCACCGAUUACCUUGAUUUAAGCCCCAGCCAGAUCGAUGAGCUUUUGCACGAGGGUAAAGAAUUCCCUACGCGGUUUAUUUAUAACGCUGAACAGCUUAACGAGAUCGCACACUGCUGUUUGAUCGACUUGAUCGAUUUCUUUAAUUUUUAUGCCCCUGGCUCCCCUCAAGAAGCGUCGGCCCGGGUCCAUCUCGUUACUCGGCAUCAAGGCCAUUUCAAUGCCUUCCUUAAGGCUGCCAAGCUCUAG